AACGAAACGUAACUUCCAGCUCCACUCACGGAUUGAAGGCGGAAUCUAUAUUAUAUUAGUGGAUUAUUUCGUGAAUUGUAAUCUUUUCCUGCUGUUUCAGUAAUGAUGUCCGGGUAUUAUGACCAGCACCAUCGCUGGGAGCCACUUGCUGAAUUCCAUUUUAACAUUGAUAGCGAUGAAGACGAACUGUUUGAUGAAAAUAACUACGUCUACUGCUUAUGCAGCAGAGUUUGUAUCAGAGAUGGUGUAAGAAGACACAUAGAGAAGGAAGAAGGUAGUGAAAGUGAUGUGGAGCUCCAGGAUUCUCAGUUCCAGGAAUGGGAUGAGUCCCAUGUUCACUUUUCCGUUGAUACUUCCUACAAGGUGAAGUGUGAGAAAGAUGAAGGAGCCAGUUGCUACUGCAGCGCAUCACACACAGACAACUAUUGCUCCACGGAUGAGCAUGACCCGGCCCAGCUCCAUCUGUCCCACGCACUACAGCCCAGCGACAGCGGGGCCGACCUCACCUACCCUGACUGCUUGUCUGACAACUACAAACUAGAAAAGAUGGACCAAGACUACCCUCUAACAGAAACAAAUGAAAACUAUUUCUCCGAAAACACUUGGGAUAAGUUCUGGGCGGUCAAUGGAGAAAGACUCAUAUGGGCAUCAUGGAUCAAAAAAUACAGUGAUUAUAUAAACCCGAAUUAUUUGGAUGAAAACAACGAACUAGCUAUGGAUGACCAGAAUAUACAGAAGCAGCAUUCAGCUGAUGCUAUAUUUGAAAGAGAAACUGAUAGAUUUAAGAAAAACGAAGAGGAAAGUAUGAGAGACAGAAAGUUCUCAUAUGAUUCUAAAGUUAAUCCGUAUAAGAAGAAGAAAUCUAAUCAGCCUGUAGAGAAGAAUGACAAGAAUGUAGAAGGGCAUAAGGAUGAUAUUUGGUUGCCUAUAAGAAGGAGACGGUCGUGUUCUGAAAAUGAUAGAAUGCUCAGUCCUAGGACGAUGGCUGGCACAGACUCCAUGACCAACGUAACUAAGAUCACCCUCUCAAGUUAUGACGUCACUUCCAGCCACGUUACGUCAGAAUCAUCUCCGACAGAUGACUACAGUGUAUCUUCAUCAACAUCUGACGAUCAGACAAGAAUCGCUAACAUCGAUGAGAAUCAAGAUCAACCAUUAUCAGAAGAAUUAGACACUGAGCAAUAUUGGCAGUUUUUAUGGAAGAAGCAUUUUGGAGAACAGUAUGCAUUACAUUACGCGAACUACCUUGAAAGCCAUGCGCAGGAAGAAAUACCAGAAAUCACGAUAGAGACACUUCCUGAGAAAAAAGUUGAAGAAAAACUACUUGACAUUGAAUGCGAGAACAGCGAAGGCAACUCUCAAGAGAUGCCGACAGUUAUUGAAGUACAGGCUCAAGUGGACAGAAUUAAGUUAGAUGAUAAAGUUAGUAAAUCCAGGAAAAGAAAUAAGAAAUCAAGUUCUAGAUAUCUCGGGUCGGUCGGAGUCUUAUUACAGAAUUUACUUAAAGAGGAGCAGAAGAAAAAUCAAGAAGAAACAGACGCUACAGAAGAAGAUCAGAAUCAAGGCCAAAAUGAUUCAAAUCAAAGUCAAAAUGAUACUGGAAAAGAGGCAGACACAGUUGAUGGAGUAACCAUAACUACACCUCAGAAUGUUAGUAAUAAUCGAUCAGUCAAAGAUGACGGUGACGACGAGCCGCCGGCGGAAAGAGCGGUAUCUUUAAAAAGAAGCCACGAAUUAGAUGAAGACGCAGAAGACACGUCAGAGAUAAUAAAAGACACGUUCGAAGCGAUGGGGUUCUGCCUUAAUGCUGGCAGUAUGCCGUGCGGGCAGCUGGUGUACAAGAAGCGUGCGGCGCGACUCCGGCCGCCGCGGAGCCGCCGGUACGGAGCGCCGCGGAAGACGUACUUCGACGAUGAUGGGAACCCUUGUGAAGUGGAUCAGGGUCAAGAAUCCCACGAUGAGAGAGAGAUGCAGACAGACGACGAAUGCCCCGCUGCAAAAUCAUCGGACACAGAGAGAGACCAAGUGCCAAGUACGCUGGAGCAGCAAGUAGCUAUUGCUGCUUCUAUAGCCCUCCCGGACGACCCUGAUGAUGAGGAACCGGCGAAGAAUGCUGAAGAAGUGGUGGUGGAUACAACAGUGGCCAACUCCGAGUCGACAAAGCGCAGACGCCGCCAGAAGAGGCACACGAAAGCCGAUGACGUCACGGACAUGCCUAUAGAGCUGCAGGCGAACCCCAAGAUGCUCAAGUACUGGAAGAAGCGACAUUCGCUGUUUCACAGGUUCGAUGAGGGCAUAAAGCUAGACUACGAGAGUUGGUUCAGCGUGACGCCUGAGAACGUUGCGUGGCACAUCGCCGACAAGUGUCGCUAUGAUGUGUUGUUGGACGCCUUUUGCGGCGCCGGAGGGAACACCAUACAGUUCGCGCACACUUGCAAAAAAGUGAUAGCUGUAGACAUCGACCCAGCGAAGAUCGCGCUAGCCCAACACAACGCGGAAGUAUACGGUGUGGCGGACCGCAUAGAGUUCAUUGUGGGGGAUUUCUUCAAACUCGCGCCGACGCUCAAGGCGGAUGCUGUGUUCCUGUCCCCGCCGUGGGGAGGUCCAUCGUAUUCGGAGAGUGAGGAAUACGACAUCGAAACUAUGCUAGAACCCAAGCCUGCGUCCUCUCUCCUAUCGGCGGCCCGCACCGUCAGCGGCAACGUGGCGCUCUACCUGCCUCGCAACACUCGCACUGACCAGAUCUUGUCGCUCGCUAAGGAGGUAGGCGGUUCCGUGGAAGUGGAACAGAGCUUCUUGGACCGGCGGUUUGUCGCUAUUACAGCCUAUUUCUACUGAUUCAUAUAUAUUCUACAUCAGCCAUUCUCAAAGUGUGUUCCGCGGAACCCUAGGGUUCCGCAAAGCCUCUGUUGGGGUUCCGUGAAAAUACUUGUAAUAAUAAGGAAAAAACCAGCACUUCUAUAGGUAUAUCUGGUCCACAGUGACGAACGAAAAUUUUUAAUUUUGGGUUUCGUCAAAUAUUUCGCUUUCCAAAAGGGUUCCGUCACCAAAAAAGUUUGAGAACCGCUGUUCUACAUUAUAUAGGAAGAGAAUCAUAUUUAGAAAUGUAUCUAUCAGAAAAGAGGACAAUGAAACUUGCAAUAAGUUAGAAAAAUAAUAUAAAACCGCCUGUUUUGUGGCAAUAAAGAGCAGUUUUUCUGUCUAAUAAGUUGGUCUAUAUAUCAAUUUAGCUAUUCACACAAAUAGGAAUAGGGCGUGGAAGCUGAAUGAGCAUCGAUCUCCCAUAAUCCUAGUAUUUUAUUAUAUUUCUAAUAAUAUAUCAUUGUCUUUCCAAUAAUUCUUUUAUCGGUUACAGUUACAUUAUAUUUUCUUUAGAUUUUAUAGUGUUUACGUGAAACAUUAUUGCAAUAAUAUUUGAUAAAAAAUAUUGUAUUCAACAUACUCAUUAGAAAUGUAGGUAGGUCUCUGCAUUUAGACCAUAUGUUAUAUACGGCAUUUAUAGUUAUUUAAAUGUACAAUAAAUAAGUACUUAUGUCAAUUUCUCGUGCGUGGAUUUAAAUAUAGCAUCAUUGUGAAAUUCAUCACAUGCUGAAUUUUCUUUUCCAAAAACAUGAUUCAAGAAUAAAUAACACAGUUUUUCAAGUUUAUUGUUCCUGACAAUUUUCGACUCUUACACAUAUUACCUAUAUGUGAAAUUCAUUAAUAUAUUGCCAUAAUUUGAGGGUAUAUGUAGCAAUAAACUAGCACAAAAUAUAUAUUGAAUAUGGGAUUCACUUUGUGAUAAAUAAUUUAAUAUUUAGCACAAUUAUACGCCUAUAUAUAAGUCAGUAGAUUCCAGACUAAUACUGAAUGGCUGGAUAUAAGAAUUUGUGUGAUUUAUUGCCUAUGUAAAUAACUGUUAAGCGAAAUACAUAUAAUCAUUAUUCGAACAUUG